AGGACAUAAUACGGAUAUUUAGUCUAAACUUAUUUGAUUCUAUAACUUUUUCUUCUCUGUGGUGAAGAUAUGAAGUACACCGCCGGACUUCGAGCGCCGUUAGCAUCAUGGAGAAAUUUCUCCUCCAUCCGAUGGGGUGCCCUCCGUGCGAUUUUAGCUCCUUCGCUAUGUAGUUUUUCCUCCAAAUUGACAUUUUAUUCUCCCGUAAGCUGUGGCCCUCGCCGAUACUACGCCUCUUCCUCAUUUACAAGUUCUACGGAAGAGCUAUCGGGAAAAAAAUUGAACGCAAAACCAAAAUAUUCACAGAAAGGCAUGGAUGGAUUCACGGAUGUAAAAUACAAUAAGGUGGCGGAUGCCUUUUUGAUGCAUAUUGAGAUCGUGAUCGAUGAUCUUUUAAAUGAUAAUAUAAAGGAUAUCAACCUGAGCGAUGGCGUGCUCACGAUCGAAACGACGCAAGGCACAUUUUUAUUCAAUAAACAGGCUCCUAAUCUACAAAUGUGGUUAUCAUCACCGAUCUCCGGUCCACAUCACUACAAUAUGGUGGAAAGUGGGGAAAAAAAUACAUCCACUAACGAGGAAAAGGAAGAGAAUAUGAAAAGCAAUCUGGACGAAGUGAGAUGGAUUUGUGAGCGUGAUGGGCAUGACCUGACGAAAAAGAUAGAAGAGGAGCUGUCAGAGGUGCUGGGCGUGAAGAUAGCUCUUUAAGGCUCUCUUUAUUCUCAUAUAUUAUAUAUAUAUAUAUGCGUACAUUACACAAUAUGAAGGGGAAGUAAAGCUUCACGAAGAAGAUGGUGAACUCCCCCUGUCAAUCAAAUGAGUAUAUGCUGUUCUUUUCAUCAAUAUUUUUAUUCCCGCCUACUUAAAAAAAAGCUGAGUAAAAUGGAAGCUAGCAAGCCUUAAUAAUGUAUCGAUAUGCAAGUCUACGUUUACAACGUUACCAUCAGUCUGAGAGAAGGAUCGAAUUCUUUUAACUUCUCUCCUGAUUAAGAGGUAAAUUUAAACGAAGCAAAAUUUUAUUAUUUUAUAUUUUUUACCUUGCCACUUUCAAUUUCCAAUUGACUUAUCAUAUUUAGUUCCUUAUCUAAUAUUAUUAUUAUCAUUGUCCUAUUACCAUCAUCACAUGCGAGGUGAAACAUCACGAUGUGUAAACGAGUCGAAUAAUAAUACUACUAAUACUAAUAAUCGGGUCCCUCAUUAUCUUUGGGGAAAAGUUGUUUAAAA